AUGCGCGGACCCGGGCGCCGCCUCCUCCUGGGGCUGCUGCUGCUGCUGCUGGCGGCGGGGCCCGGCCGGGCGCGCGCGGAGCCCGGGGAGCCGGCGGACGGGCGGACGCUGCUGCGGCUGCUCGUGGAGCUCGCCCAGGAGCUCAAGCAGCACCAGGCCGGGGAGCGCGCGCGGCUGCAGCUGCUCGGCGGGCAGCCCUGCGCCCCGGGCCGCGGGCACGUCCUGGACUUCCCGUCGCCGGAGGAGCAGAGAGUGGAAAUUGUUCCUCGAGACCUGAGGAUGAAGGACAAGUUUUUAAAACACCUCACGGGCCCUCUGUAUUUCAGCCCCAAGUGCAGCAAACACUUCCACAGACUUUACCACAACACCAGGGACUGCACCAUUCCUGCAUACUAUAAAAGAUGCGCCCGGCUUCUCACUCGGCUGGCUGUCAGUCCCGUGUGCACGGAGGGUAAGGCCGAGUCUGAGAAGAGCAGGCUUCGGCAGGGAGGGGCUCUGCACCUGUGA